CUAUUGGACUUCUCUAACAAACAUAAUAUUUCAGUUUACCAGCCAGUCAUAAGUCGCAAUAAAGAAAUAACUCUACAGUAAAUAAUAACAUUUUGAAAAUUGAAACUAAUUUCAAACUAUUAUUUAAAUUAGUGAAGUAUUUCACAACUCCUGCAACAUAACACAAAAUAUAAUGUAUCAAGAGUAUUUGAAUCAGCUGCAAACGUCCAUAGCCCCUCUCUCAUCCGACGAGCUCAAGGAUUUACUCAACGAUGACGAAAAGCUGGAUGAGAAAGUGAGUGAAGUACUAGAAAACCUUAAAACACAAAAGGACGACUUACUCAUCGAAAAUCGGUCCAAGGCCGAGAGUAAUAUUGAAAAAGAACCUAGAAUAAUCGAAUUGCGUGGAAAAGUAAAUGAAUUAAUGGACGAAGCCAAGAAGUAUUGUGAAGCCGUGCAGGAAAAAUUAGUCGAAGUUAAGGAAAAAUCGGGCAAUGUUAGUCAAGAAACUGCUUUAGCGUUGAUACAAACGGCUGCUGCUGAAAGCGAGGAGGCAACAGACGCUUUAAUUAAACAAUUCACAGAUAACGAAAUCGUAGUGGAAGCAUUUUUAGAUGAAUUUCUUGUUACGCGCAAAACGAUGCACUUACGGAAGCUUAAAGCUGAAAAAAUGCAAGAGUUAAUACGCAGACAAACGCAACCAGGACAACGUGGUAAUAUCGGUAGUCAUUUAUUGCCAAAUAGUGGAUUUUAUCCGACACCAGGAGUGCCUGCUAUGGGUGGUGGCGGUGUUCCAUACCCACUAGGGCCCAUGAUGCCGAUGCCGCGCCCAUAUUAGCAAAAAUAGUCCAGCUAACGUGCACUACCUUUCCAAACUUUUCCCAUUUCGCUAUGGUGAAUUUCGAUUUAACAAAAGGGUCAAAUAUGUUAGAUAAUAAAGUAGCGGAAACCUGCUUAAAAAAUAUCUCAUUUUUUAAAAUAAAAUAUUGUUAAAAUGUUACGUAGUGAUAAAUAGCUACGAGUGUAAAAAUAAAUAUAAGUAUUCUACUUGAAAAUGUCAGGCGCCAUUCAAUAAAAUUAUUUACAAUUAAAGAAAGCGA